AUGGUAUGUAUAUCUCUCCUCGCGCUCGUAGGAAUCUUGCUUGGUCUAACCAUCAAGGCCCAGCGCGCUCUAGGCGUCCAAGUCGAUCUAGCCUCGCUCUGGAGCUACGGUGUGGGCGACGCACGACAAUGGGCUGUAACCCUGACUGGAUUUAUGCGCCGACUGAACCAGACAUCUGGAUUCUUCUUUGGCGUACUCUACGCCAACAUAUUCCAAGUCGUCGUCAGCGCUCUGUACCUUCUGUAUAACAACCUGUUGACUGUUAUGGUCGCCGCCUCCGAAUGGAACGACUUCAUCUCUGAGCGCAAGGCACUGCGACUCUCAGUCCCAAGGGGCAUGCAACGAUCGCACUACUUUCUGUCGCUACCUUACCGAUACUCAGUUCCGUUGAUGGUGUGCUCCGGUCUCUUACACUGGCUCAUCUCGCAAAGCAUCUUCGUGAUCCAAACAGUGGCGUACACCCCGAACUUUGACCGAAAUAGAAACAUGGACGCAUCCUCAGUCGGAUAUUCGAGUAUCGGUAUCAUGCUAGCAAUGGCCGUCGGCUUUGUACUAGUAUUCUUGCUGCUCAUUGUUGGGUUUGCAUUCAAAUACGACGUGAAGCGGGUCAAGCGUGAUGGCUUUGUGCCGCCACACCCUAUGCCGCUGGUGAGCACAUGCAGUGCAGCGAUUAGCGCAAACUGUCACAGACACGAGAAAGAUAAGGACUGUGCACGCCUACCGGUUAUAUGGGGUUUCGUCCAAGACGAAGGAGCAGACAGCGGACGGUAUACCUUCACCACUGCGAAGGAGGUUGGACCUGGAGCUCUCGACAGCCGGUUCUGA